GUCACACUAAGCCUCUUGAACGCGUCGGACGGAUUUUUCCUCAUUUAAGAUAAAUUUUUUUUCCCCUCAAGAUUUUUAAUUUCACUGGACUGGAUAUCAUUCAACCGUGGAAAUCACUUGAUCAAGAGCAGGAUCAAUUGCCCAACGAAUUGAUUUGGAUACCGUGGAUUUAACUGUGAACUCGGGUUUUUUAAUAUAUGUGAUUUUGUCGUUUAAAUUUUUGGUGUUUUUGUGGCUGUUUGAAGCGCUGAAAAAGCGAUUCAGAGUUCGUUUGAAUUAGCAGUGAGAAUUCGCACGGAAAUUGUGACAAUUGUCAACACCUGGUUACAUCUGGAUUGUGAAUGGUGGUGAGUGUUGGUUUACAAGUGUACAGAAUAUACGGUAACUAUCGGUGUAUGGACACGCUGAGAUGCCGUGAUUGCACGGAUUGCAGACUCAGGGAUAGCUAGAGCAGGUGGCAUAGUGCCCAGUGACUGGACGUCACGAUGCGCACAUUGCUGCUCCUGAGAUUGGCGUUGACGGUGGGAGUCUCCGCGCUGCUUGUCAAUGCAACAAGCACAACAGGCAGCAAUGUUAUCAAUAAACUAGACAGCACAGAGCGUGAACAAGCGACAGCGAAUCUAGAAGCGAGUCUGUUGUCACUCCUUGGCUUCACCAAGAGGCCGAAGCCCUCCUCCAAAGUUCACGUACCUGAAUCACUGUGGCAGCUCUACAAUAAACAAAAUACAAUAAAAAUGGCCAACAUAGCGAGGCCCGGAAUUCACGCCAGAUCGGCGAACACAGUGCGGUCAUUCUCUCACGUUGAGAGUCCAGUGGACGAGAAGUUCCAGUCACCCAACAGAUUUCGCCUGUCGUUCGACGUGACAAGCGUGCCAUCAGAAGAGAGCCUGAAGGCCUCAGAACUCCGGCUAUCCCGGAUAGCCCUUCCCCCCCAAUCCGACAAAUCCAAGCACCUAGGCAGGAUAUUAGUCCACGACAUAGUCCGCCCAGGAGUGAAAGGACGAAGCAAGCCCUUGCUGAGACUGAUCGACAGUAAGACCAUCGACACCCGGAGCAAUAGCUCGAUAAACCUGGACGUGCAGCCGGCGGUCUCCCGAUGGCUCACAGAACGCCAGGAGAACCACGGCCUCUUGAUACAGGUGACCGGGGUGAAUCUCGAGAAAGAUCCCCACGUCCGACUGAAACGUUCCAUGGAAUCCCACGAGUCCUGGUCAUCACUGAGUCCGACGUUGUACACGUACACCGACGACGGACGCAACAAGAUGGCGUCGGCCAAAGAGAUGAUGGAGAGACGCGUGAGACGAGCGGCCGUUGGCAAAAAACGUCGCAAGGAUGGACGAGAGAACUGCAGACGAUAUCCACUGUACGUUGACUUUGUUGAUGUCGGUUGGAAUGACUGGAUAGUAGCACCACCUGGCUACGACGCAUUCUACUGUCAUGGCGACUGUCCAUUUCCACUGUCAGAUCACCUCAACUCAACGAAUCACGCCAUUGUCCAGAAUCUCGUCUACUCGACGAAUCCAGCGAUGGUACCCAAAGCGUGUUGUGUGCCGACGGCUUUGAGCUCCAUAUCCAUGCUGUAUCUCGACGAGGAGAACAAGGUUGUCCUGAAGAAUUACCAAGACAUGGCGGUCAUCGGCUGUGGCUGUCGUUGAUCUCAUAAUCAAGAUGAUUGGGGCUAAUUGCUUAUCGAGUGACGCCAUGAUUUUAAAAUGCAGGUGAUCGAGAGGUUUUCAAUGAUUUCAACGAAUAUAUUAAUGGAAUCAUCGGUUUGUGAUGCAAGGUCAAGACGAUGACUUCUCCAGCAACAUGACACCAGUCUAGUGUUAUUAGCCCCCGGCCAAGAGCUACCAAACACAGAGGGGUAAAUCCUCACGAAUGAUUUGUUCUGCUCCUGUUGUUCAGGACUCUAAUGGACGAUUUAAUGACGCAGACUCGAAAGGAUUGGAAUGAGGCACAGGUGGGGAUUUAAUUGUACCGUCGGUGUUCUUCUGCCCUCAAGUCCUCUCGGCUCAACCCCACCAACUUUACUUCUUUCAAUAUAUUCUUUUAUCACAUCCUCUCUUUCUCCUUUCCACUUGACCAGAGUCGAUCGGGUCGGGGCUAAUUGCUUGUGGAGUGAUGCCAUGAUUUCAAAAUGCAGCGGAUCAAGAGGUUUUCAAUUAUUUCAACGAAUCUAUUAAUGAGAUCAUCGGUUUGUGAUGCAAGGUCGUUAUCCAAGGUGACAAGCAGCUUCACUAGAAGAUGACUUCUCCAGCAACAUGACACCAGUCUAGUGUUAUUAGCCCCCGGCCAAGAACAACCAAACACAGAGGGCUAAAAUCCUCACGAAUGAUUUGUUCUGCUCCUGUUGUUCAGGACUCUAAUGGACGAUUUAAUGACGCAGACUCGAAAGGAUUGGAAUGAGGCACAGGUGGGGAUUUAAUUGUACCGUCGGUGUUCUUCUGCCCUCAAGUCCUCUCGGCUCAACCCCACCAACUUUACUUCUUUCAAUAUAUUCUUUUAUCACAUCCUCUCUUUCUCCUUUCCACUUGACCAGAGUCGAUCGGGUCGGGGCUAAUUGCUUGUGGAGUGAUGCCAUGAUUUCAAAAUGCAGCGGAUCAAGAGGUUUUCAAUUAUUUCAACGAAUCUAUUAAUGAGAUCAUCGGUUUGUGAUGCAAGGUCGUUAUCCAAGGUGACAAGCAGCUUCACUAGAAGAUGACUUCUCCAGCAACAUGACACCAGUCUAGUGUUAUUAGCCCCCGGCCAAGAACAACCAAACACAGAGGGCUAAAAUCCUCACGAAUGAUUUGUUCUGCUCCUGUUGUUCAGGACUCUAAUGGACGAUUUAAUGACGCAGACUCGAAAGGAUUGGAAUGAGGCACAGGUGGGGAUUUAAUUGUACCGUCGGUGUUCUUCUGCCCUCAAGUCCUCUCGGCUCAACCCCACCAACUUUACUUCUUUCAAUAUAUUUUUUUUUAUCACAUCCUCUCCUUCUCCUUUCCACUUGACCAGAGCCGAUCGGGCCCCCACAGCUGUCUCUAUUCGUCAACGCUCGUUAGAAGUAUCCAACAGCGUGGUGAAGUGGACAAAUAAAAUGGAAUGUUUUAAAAAUAAUGUUUUAAAAUAAAGGAUAGAGAACUGAGUGCGUGACGCUGCCGCAUUCUCGACAGCUUCAGUAAUUAACAAACUCGACGGCCUAUGGGGAUAUAUAUUCCAUGGAGACGUUGGAGCUUGGAACGUUGGGUUUUAUCGUUACAUACGUUAUGUACGUGUGUGAACUGGACUCGGGGCAAACUCAUGUACACUAUUCGCCUUCUCCAACGCGGCUGGAAGAAUCGGUGAGCGCGAUAGGCUAAAACCCGAACCUCCUUGAUUCUCUUUUUUUUUUAUAACUCUUUUUUUUUAUCUUCCAAGUCUCUCUCCCCACCAACGGCAUGUUGGUACGUACGUCUAUCGUGCGCUCACGAGCUGCUCGCACUCGCGCACGUAUAUAUAAUUUAUUAAUAAGGCUGUAGAGAAAACCGGUAUCAGAUUUACCACCGGCAGCAUCCGCAGGUGCCACUUGUGUGUGUCUCCGUAGCAACCGAUUUGAAAUACCGAAAAAAAAGAGGAUUGAGAGAAUGUUUGAGGCGUUAUGCAUUAAUACCUCGGUUUGAUGACGGAUGGAGCAUUGGUUCUUUGAGUUUUUGACGAUUUGGAGGAAAUUCCAAUGAUUGUGGAACGCGUCGGUACAUGCUUGGACGACAGGUGUUCUGGGGAAUGAAUUUUUGAUUGUGAAGGGAGAUACCAGAGGCGGAAAUUUCUUUCUAAUUCCUUUUGAAUUGUGACAAUGUGCUUGAGCGUGAACAUUCAGUGGCAGAAUUCGCUUAUUUUUUCUUACUAUUUCGAAAUACCAAUUGUUGGAGAAUACGAAGCUGAAGAAUUGUUGUGAUGCGUGACUAGUUGAUGAGAAUAUCGAAAUGCUAUUGAACACUUAGCUGCGCAGUUUCGGAUUUAUGAUCGUUCGUGUGAAACUACGUGACUAAUCUAUUUAUGUGAUUAUCCAUCUUCUCAUUGGAACACUGUGCUCUGUAUCUACAAUUGUCUCCCUCUCCUUCCACGAUUGUAACAACAGCGAAUUUACUAUUGUAAAAUCUUACCGCGUAUUUGAAUUAGACAAUGUUCGAAGUUAAACCGUACCUGCUUUUAAGGAUUACUAUUUAUUUUUUAUGUUUCAAUUUUUAUUGUUUUAUUUUUUAGAAAUUGAUGAGCAGUGGAUGAUGAUGCGAGGGUUAAUCCAUAUUGUGUGUGUAUAUUUGUACAAAUGAUGUUUUUUCUUUGUAGGGAAAUUAAUGUUAGUUCUUGUUUCUCUGUCUGUGCUCUGUUUACAUUUCUACUUGUCUUCAUCUUCAAUUUUCAUCUCUAGUGUUGAGAUUCUUGUAAAAUGUGUGAAUAAGGCGAUGAAGAAGGUUGAUGAAAGGAAAGCCAGGAGUCGUUGUAAAGAAUUUGUAAAUAAUUUAUUCAUUGUAAAGUAUUAAGCAGUGUAUAUUUUUUAAAAAUAUAUAGAUUAUUAAUAUUAUUAUUAAUUAUUAAAGAUGAAUCUUGUUGAAUCUAUUCACAAUGCACCGUCACGAGGAAUUUAAUGAAAUUGUCAAGAAUCUUUCAACCGAAAAUUUGUGUAA